GCACAGCCUUUAUAUUGGAUUUUGAAUGUUAGAAAUGACUUUACAAUACAACAUUGCAAUCGUCGUAAUCUUGGGUUUUGGUUAAACCCGCGAAGAAGAUGAAGAAGGACAAGCAUAAGGUGUCAAGAGCAAGGAAGUGCCUGCCCAUGCUUCAUCUCAUUGCCUGCCCCUGCUUCAUUUCAUUCCAGGGGUACCGUUCUUACUCCACUAACUAGCUUAUGUUAAUUUAGGGUAUAUAUGUAGCAAAGGGCAAAUGCAAUGAAAUUUACAGGAAAGCAGGGGAAGAGUGAAAAAAAUUACAAUUGGAAGGAGCUGCCUGAGAAAUUUCGUAUGCAUUAUUGUGGGAUCGUCAUUGGUCAAUGCCUUCUAAUCUGGUUAGCUUUUGGCUUGUUUCGAUUUGUCAUCUGUGAUGGGGUAUUUGAUGGGCCCUGAAGUACCCAGUGAUGGUGGUGACAGUCAACGCACACAGGAAGAGCCAACGCUGAAUUGAACUCUGGGCAUGAGAGGAUGAUUCUCCGAAGCAGUAUAUACGUGUAUAUCUGGUACUGAAAUCUGGAUACGAAGUUAAUUCAACUGUGCCCUUUCAAUUUCCGCAGGCAUGCUUCAGAGAAGGCUCUUGUUUGCAAGUUUCAGUUGGGGAUUCCUCCUCCUCCUCCUCCCAGUAAUUUUCUUGCCUGUCGCUAAGAGCAAAUCCAGGGGAAAUCACCCUCAGUACUGCGACCCUUCAUCCUGCGGGAAGAUCCGUAACAUAAGCUACCCUUUUCGGCUGAAGGGCGAUCCUCCCCAUUGCGGCGACCAAAGAUACGAACUGAGCUGCGAUGAGAAGAGUAAUCGCACGGUUUUGCAUUUCCAUUCCGGGGAAUUCUAUGUGGAGGAAAUCCAUUACGGCAACUACUCGAUGCGGGUGGUGGAUCCGGGCAUCCGCAGAAACGACUGCUCCUCUUUGCCCCUGUAUUCUUUGGCGACAUAUAACUUCAGCGAGGGCGAUAAAUAUUCUAUGAUGUACAAUCCCCACCCCUAUUAUUCCUACCACUAUUAUAAUGGUCCUUCUACACCGCCAAACGCCGCCAUAACAUUCAUGGAGUGCGCAGCCCCAGUGGGGAAUUUCGCCGGUAAAUUGGUGGCUGCAGCUGCUCCCUGCGGAAGGGAUGUGGUCGGAAACCGCCGGUACUCUUACGCGGCGUAUGGGGCACUCCGGUUGUCUGAUGUGGGGGAGUCGUGCACCAUAGCAAGGGAGACUUUGGUUUGGGGUAAUGGGCUGGCGGAAGACGACAACGUUUCCUUCUGGGGCAUCCGGGACGCCAUGGCCUACGGGUUUGUGCUCUUCUGGUUUCGUUCGCAGGAAAAAUGCGAGAAGUGCGAGUCUGAUUACGGUCACUGCUUCCUGAAUGGCGCCGAUCUUGCCGACAUCGCAUGCGGCGAGCGGUGCGGUUCAAUACUACUAGUACACAAACAUUGUUUCUGGCUCAAUUGGUUCUUUCUUCUUUAUCAAGUGAUGACAAAGCUUGUCAUUGGACAGAUGGCACUAAAAAUUCUAUGCGGAAUGCCGUGUGUACUCUUGUUUUUUAUUUAUAAAUUUCGAAGGAGGCAUUUAUCAAUGUAUAAAAAUAUUGAAGACUUUCUGCAAAGCCAAAAUAAUUUUUCACCAAUUAGGUACUCCUAUUCAGAAGUUAAAAAAAUGACCAAUAAAUUCAAGGAGAAAUUGGGGGAAGGAGGCUACGGCUCUGUAUACAAAGGAAAACUUCGCAGUGGUUGUCAUGUAGCGGUAAAAAUGUUGGGCAAGUCAAAAGCUAAUGGGCAAGAAUUCAUUAGUGAAGUUGCUACCAUCGGACGAAUUCAUCAUGUCAAUGUGGUGCGCCUCAUUGGAUUUUGUGUGGAGGGCUCUAAGCGUGCACUUGUGUAUGACUUCAUGCCCAAAGGGUCUCUUGAAAAGCACAUCUUUUUCCAAGGAGAAAAUGUCAACAUAUAUCAUGACAAGAUGUAUGAAAUUUCUCUAGGGGUGGCUCGUGGGAUUGAGUACCUACAUCAGGGAUGCCACAUGCAAAUUUUGCAUUUUGAUAUCAAACCCCAUAACAUUCUUCUUGAUGAGAAUCUCACUCCAAAAGUUUCAGACUUCGGACUUGCAAAGUUGUAUCCAGGAGAUGAUAGCAUUGUGUCUCUUACUGCUGCAAGAGGAACAAUGGGAUACAUGGCACCAGAACUUUUCUACAAGAAUAUUGGAGGAGUCUCCUAUAAAGCUGAUGUUUAUAGUUUUGGAACGUUGCUGAUGGAAAUGGCGAGCAAGAGGAAGAAUUUGAAUCCAUCUAUAAAGAAUUUAAGCCAAAUUUACUUCCCUUCAUGGGUUUAUGAUCAAUUCAAUGAAGGGAAAAACAUAGAGAUAAGAGAUGCCACCGAGGAGGAGAGGAAAAUCAUAAAGAAAAUGAUAAUUGUAGCUUUGUGGUGCAUACAGAUGAGGCCUGCUGAUCGCCCUUCAAUGCACCAGGUUGUGGAGAUGCUCGAAGGAACAGUUGAAGCAUUGCAAAUGCCUCCCAAGCCUUUUAUGUAUCCACAUGAAAUGCAAAAUGAGGAUAAGGGAGCAGACAUGAACCAAACAAACUUACAAAUGUCAUCCAGUGAUCCCAUGGAUUCUAUCAGCUUGGAUAUUAUUGAAAAUGAUGCAAGUGAAGAUUAAGGGAGAAGCUAGCCUUCCCUGCAGUGGCAAUUCAUUCUCUCCAUAUUAGUUAGACCCAAGUGUCUAUUGGUCUUGUUUUCAAUGCAUUUGGGUUAAGACUAAGAUUAAUUUGUAGCUUGAAUUAGAUCCAAAUCUAAUAUGAUAUAGCUAGCCACAUAAAUGUUUGAUGCAGAGGCCAAAAUGAGAACCUAUACUUUGUUUAGUCAAGAUCGUUCACAAAUUGUGUUGUAUUUAAAAAUUUUGAUGUAAUCGACUAUUAGACAACUUCUAAUUCCUUGAAUUUUUCUCCUUG